UUUAUGGAAUGAAUGUACAUUUACCUGAAAUGCGACCGAGAUAAAUGAAUGUAGAUUUACCUGAAAGGCGACCGAGAUAAAUGAAUGUAGAUUUACCUGAAAGGCGACCGAGAUAAAUGAAUGUAGAUUUACCUGAAAGGCGACCGAGAUAUGGAAUAGCAGAAUGUUUGGUUUCAAUUUCAUUUAAAUUUCAAUUCAUUUAAAUGUUGUUUUUUAUAACUUAGACUUUUAUUCAAAACAUUUAAAAAAAAUCAGACAUCCUUUUAACAUCAGCUUAUGCCGUUUGUGGUUUGAAGUUUGGUUUUAAUUUCAUUGAUAAUAAUUCACCUAAAGGAUUUAAUAUUAAGACUUUUAUUAAAAUAUUAAACAUAUUUAAAGAAAUUCUGACAUUUGUGUUUAAGACGUAAACUAAGGGAGCUACUACGGUGAAAGAGAUAAACUUUAAUUUCAAAAUAGGGAAAACAGUUUUGUUUAAAGGGACUAAACACCAGAUGGAUUAAAAAGGAUUUGAUAUUAAGACUUUUAUCAAAAUAUUAAACGUUUAUAGAAAUUCUGACAGCUGUGUUUAAGACGUAAACUAUGGUAAAAGAGAUAAACUUUAAUUUCAAAAUAGGGAAAACAGUUUUGCUUAAAGGGACUAAACACCAGAUGGAUUAAAAGGGAUUUAAUAUUGAGAAUUUUAUCAAAAUAUUAUACGUUUAUAGAAAUUCUGACAGCUGUGUUUAAGACGUUAACUAAGGGGGUAAAUACGGUGAAAGAGAUAAACUUUAAUUUCAAAAUAGGGAAAACAGUUCUGUUUAAAGGGACUAAACACCAGAUGGAUUAAAAAGGAUUUGAUAUUAAGACUUUUAUCAAAAUAUUAAACGUUUAUAGAAAUUCUGACAGCUGUGUUUAAGACGUAAACUAAGGGAGUUUCUACGGUGAAAGAGAUAAACUUUAAUUUCGAAACAGUGAAAACAGGUUUUUUUAAAGGGACUUAACACCGGAUGAUAUACAUGUAAUUUGAAAAAAGGAAAAUUGUCAAAAUCUUACAAACAAUUGAUAUCGUUGUGUACAUCGCAUUGAAUCUUACUUAUGUAUCACAUCGCUUCCGACAUAUGUUUCUUUAAAAGCAGUUUUUUCGUAUUUAUCCUAUUCGAAAUUUGCUGGGCCAUUUUACUCGUGGUGGUGUUAGUAGUUUAUACUCCGGGUCCCGGCGUGAGCACAUUGAAGGGUCCCAGACUGACAGUUCAACCACCGCACACCUAUCCUGGGCAGAACCAGUACUAGGUUCCUUCACCUCUGCAAGGAACUGACAACUUGGUCAAUGAUCGUAUAAAGGAUUUCAUGACCAAUCAAAACAGAAGUGUCCUCCCGGGAAUCGAACCCGGGUUGCCUACCGAUUGAGCUAACCGGGCGGACUAACCUUUUUUACUCGUAAAUAACAAUAAAUUUAAAAAAAGGCGUCGGUAUAUCACGUGACUUUUACAUGCUAAAAUGCACUCUAUAAACUUGAAAACCACUAUACGCUAUUAUUGUAAACGGGUUAUCUCAGCUAAGACAGCGACACAAUAUUAUUUUAAUCAUAUAAAUUGAUGUAUUAUCUCAAAUAUACUAGCUCCUAUUACCAAUGCUAUGCUUGUUUUGAGGACAUACGGUAUUUGCCGAUUUUAGGACCAUCUUGUGUUUUGUCCCUUGAAGCCAAAUAUUACACAAAUCUUUAAAUAAUUUAAGAUUUAUUUAUAAGAGGAUUUAAGUCUAAGGAAAGGUUUCAAAACAAAAUCAUUUAAAAGUCAAGAAACCACGUGCACUGCACGGAUUAACAUUUAUUUAUUUUGAUAGACCUUCAUGAGGAUUUCAUGGAUUUCGAUAUAGUUCUGAUCAGGCCAGAAAAAAAUCUUUGUUUCCAUUUACAUCUCAAAAACGGAAAAAUAAAAAAAAUGGGCAGGUAGCUAGUCAUAACUAUUUCCUAUGCCUUUUUUUCUUUUGAAAACCAAAUUCUGUACCUAACUGACCUAUGUAAGGAUAUAUCCUUUUUUUAAAUUUCGAAUUUGAAAUUAUCAAAUGUUAACAUAUUUAGUAAAAUAAUGCACAUGGUUUUUGAAAUUUAGGGAGCAAAAACGUGUAAGUUCGGGAGGAAAAAAUGCUUUCGAUUUACUAAAAAAAUGCACAAUUCUUUGGAAUUUAAGAGAGAAAAAACGUGUUAGUUCGGGAGGUAAAAAUGUUUUCCGUCGGGUAAGUGGAAACAUUUUUUUUUUGCCUAAUCUUUAUCUUCCUUCACGUAAAUAAUUAGUCAUGUAAAUUCGACUGAUAACAGAAGCCUGUUCUGACAUAAAUUAAAGGCUUCGAUGAGGCUUCAACUGGAAAAUAUCUGAUAAAUACAGAAUCUAGGAUCCUACAUUAACCGGACAUUUUGGUUGCGAGAAUUAUCAAGGAGACACCGUUUUAACAUGGCUGAAAAGAAAGUUGUUCUGGCCUACAGUGGUGGUUUGGAUACGUCAUGUAUUCUUGUGUGGCUGCUUGAGAAAGGAUAUGACGUCAUCGCAUUCUUGGCGGACGUCGGCCAAAAUGAAGAUUUCGAAGCUGCCAGACAGAAAGCCGCCAAACUUGGAGCUCUCAAAAUGAUUAUUCCUGAUGUCCGGUCCGAAUUUGUCCGGGAGUUUAUCUGGCCGUCCAUCCAGGCCAACGGGCUAUAUGAGGAUAGGUAUCCAUUGGGAACAGCCCUUGCCAGGCCUUGUAUAGGGAGAGCAAUGAUUAAAGUAGCCAGAGACGAAGGAGCAAGGUACGUCGCUCACGGUGCGACCGGAAAGGGGAACGAUCAGAUUCGGUUCGAACUGUCCGCGUACGCGUUGCACAGUUCAAUCGAGGUCAUCGCUCCAUGGCGCAUGCCCGAGUUUUAUCAACGAUUUCCGGGACGAAAUGAAUUGUUUGAAUACGCCAAGGAAAAGGGAAUUCCACUUCCUGUGACCCCAAAAAGCCCCUGGAGCAUGGAUGCCAACUUAAUGCAUAUAAGUUACGAGAGCGGCAUUCUUGAAGACCCUAAUACGCAUGCGCCAAGUGAACUGUACCAGAUGACUUCUGACCCGCAGGUUGCACCUGACACACCUACCAUCCUUGACAUUGAAUUUGAAAACGGACUUCCGGUUAAAAUUGUAAACAAACAAGAUGGCGUCGAGAAAUGUGAUGCUCUGAAGUUGUUCCUGUAUUGCAAUGAAAUAGGAGGCAAGCAUGGCGUUGGGCGGAUUGAUAUUGUUGAAAAUAGAUUCAUUGGAAUGAAGUCGAGAGGGAUUUACGAGACGCCAGGUGGCGCCAUAUUGCUGGCCGCCCACGUGGAUUUGGAGGUGUUCACACUCGACAGAGAAGUUCGAAAGAUCAAAAGGGGCCUUGAUGAGAAAUUCGCAGAACAAGUGUACAGAGGAUUUUGGUUCAGUCCAGAAUGCGAGUUCACGCGCAAGUGUAUUGCGCAGAGUCAAGAAUACGUCACCGGAAGUGUAACAGUCAAAAUUUACAAAGGCGGGGUUUACAUUCUGGGCCGCAAAGCGCCAACUUCAUUAUACAAUGAGGAAUUGGUCAGUAUGAACGUACAGGGCGAUUAUGAACCACAAGAUGCUGGAGGUUUCAUAAAGAUCAACGCUCUCAGGCUUCGAGAGUACCAGAGACUUAGAAAGUCCAGCUUCGACAAAGUCCAGCUUUAAGAAUGUCCAGCUAUGGAAAGUCCAGCUUUAAGAAAUUGCUGCUUUUGGAAAUGCCCAGCUUUAAAAAUUGAAUAUACUAUUUUGAAGUACUAUAAUCGCUGUUGUAUUUCUUUGAUUUAUAUCAUUCAGUUUAAAAACGAGAUUUGUAUCAUUAACUUGACGUGUUCUUCGCUUAUUAAAGCCAUUUAAUUGAUUAACCAUCAAUCGUUACGACUCGGCCAUUUCCGGCAUGCUUCGGGAUAGACCUCGUAAAUAAGCUUCAAGAUAUACAUUUUUGUAUAAUUAACUUAAUAACCACGUGAUCUUAGUUUAUUGACGCCAUUUAAUUGAUUAACCAUCAAUCGUAACGACUCGGCCAUUUCCGGCAAGCUUCGGGAUAUACCUCGUAAAUAAGCUUCAAGAUAUACAUUUUUGUGUAAUUCACCACGUGAUCUUAGUUUUAUAAAGCAAUUUAAUUGAUUAACCAUCAAUCGUCACGACUCGGCCAUUUCCGACUAGCUUCGGGAUAUACCUCGUAAAUAAGCGUCAAGAUAUACGAACAUGUCAUUAGGAUAGACUAGCUAUUAAUAAGUAAGCGAUUAAUUAUAUUUUCAUCUAUUCUCGCUAUAAAAUAAUUGCUAACACUUAAUAAUAUUAUACAAUAAGGGUGUUUCUUGAUUUUUUUACUCUUUUAACUCACUAUAUAAGUAAAUGCUAACUAGUAAAGAUAUUUUGCGAUUCGGUCUAUCAGUUUUCUUCUAAAUUCUCGCCAUAAAAUAAACGCCGAGACAACACUAUCCAUAACGUCGAGAACUUUAAGUCGGUUUGAUAGGAAUCUGUAAAAACGUCUCUAAACGGACUAGACACCAGAUGAUGACGUCGAGAACUUUAAGUCGGUUUGUUAGGAAUCUGUAAAAACGUCUCUAAACGGACUAGACACCAGAUGAUACAAUUGUAUAAAACUGGUUAAGAUUUUGGUUUGGUCAAAGUUAUCCAAAAUGUUGUUGAUUGGUCAAUAUUUAUCCAUUAAUAACUACCAACCAAUCAAAUAGCUUAUAUGGGUCAACUAGCCAAGAAAUAACCGGUGGACAACUUUUUGAAGCUUUAUACAAAUGGCUGCUGCAAUUGCAAGAAAAAAAAGAGAAUUGUUUAAAACUUACAUAAAAUUCAUAUCGUUGUGUACAAUGCAUUGAAUCUUACUUACUGAUGUAUCACAUCACUUUCGACACAUGUAUCUUUCGCAGUUUUUGAGAAUUAUUUAAAUUCGACAUUUACUAGGGUUGUCUACCACAUAAAUCCCAGUUCAUUUCAAAAUAGCAUUGGUAUAUGUUAUCUGUACUAAUCCCGUGACUAUUACGCAAAAAAAAUCUUAUAAUAAUGUACAAUGAUGUAUUGUCGGCAUCAUACUAGCUCGUAUUGGCAGUUAUAUGCUUAACUUGUGGGAAUAAUGUAUUUGCCGAUUUUUGGACCAUCUGGUGUCUAGUCCCUUUAAUGCUUUGACAAAACGUUCUGAUACGCUUGAAUCUGUUGCUUUGUGUGUUGAUACAAUGUUAUAUGUUCUUUGUUGAAACUGCACUCUCACCGAUUGAACGUUUUGACAUUUUUUUAUAAUUUUUAUGCCCCCCUUCGAAGAAGAGGGGUAUAUUGCUUUGCACAGGCAUGUCGAUAUGUCGGUCGGUCGGUCGGUCGGUCCGUCGGUAGACCAAAGCUUGUCCGAGUGAUAACUCAACAAUUCCUGGACGUAUGAUCAUCAAACUUCACAUGAAGGUUGGGCCUGACCAGUAGAUGACCCCUAUUGAUUUUGGGGGUCAUCGGGUCAAAGGUCAAGGUCACAGUGACCUUUAAUGGUAAUAUAAUUUUAAAGCUUGUCCGAGUGAUAACUCAACAAUGCCUGCACCCAUGGCCCUCAAACUUGACAUGGGGGUUGGGCCUGACCAGUAGAUGACCCCUAUUGUUUUUUGGGCUCAAUGGGUCAAAGGUCAAGGUCACAGUGACCUUGAAUGGUAAAAGGUUGUUCGAGUGAUAACUCAACAAUGCCUGCACCCAUGGCCCUCAAACUUGACUUGGAGGUUGGGCCUGACCAGUAGAUGACCCCUAUCGUUUUUGGGGCUCAUCGCGCCAAAGGUCAAUGUCACAGUGACCUGGAAUGGUAAAAGAUUGUCCGAGAGAUAACUCGACAAUGCCUGCACCCAUGGCCCUCAAACUUGACAUGGAGGUUGAGCCUGGCCAGAAGAUUGUUCCUAAAAUUUUUAGGGGUCAUUGGGCCAAAGGUCAAGGUCACAGUGACCUUGAAUGAUAAAAGGUUGUCCAAGUGAUAACUCAACAAUGCCUACACCCAUGGCCCUCAAACUUGACAUGGAGGUUGGGCCUGAACAGUAGAUGACCCCUAUUGAUUUUAGGGGUCAAGGUCACAGUGACCUUGAAAGCAAACUCGACAAUUCUUGGACCUAUGGUCAUCAAACUUGACAUGAAGGUUGGGCCUGCCAAGUAGAUGACCCCUAUCGACUUUGGGGGUCAUCAGGCCAAGGUCAAUGUCACAGUAACCUUUAAUGCAAAAAAGUUAACAAAUCUUCCCCCAAUGAUAUCUCGACAAUGCCUGAACCUAUGAUCAUUAAACUUGACAUGGAUGUUAAGCCUGACCAGUAGAUCACCCUUAUUGAUUUUAGGAUUCAUAGAGCCAAAGGUCAAGGUCACAGUGAUCUUGAAUGGUAAAAGGUUGUCCGAGUGAUAACUCAACAGUGCCUGAACCCAUGGCCUUCAAACUUGACUUGGAGUUGCAUCUGACUUGUAGAUGACCCCUUAUGAUUUAAGGGGUCAAAGGUCAAGGUCACAGUGACCUUGAACGAAAAAAAACUUGUCUUUUGAUAACUUGACAAUGCCUGCACCCAUGGCCCUCAAACUUGACAUUUAGGUUUCUGGUGACCAGCUAAUGACUCUGGAUUUUGAGUUCAUAGAGUCAAAGGUCAUGACGGUCAUAACACACUUUAUCCUCACACUUUAAUGGUCAUAAUCUUAAAACAGCAACAAAUCAGCUGUCAUUUCGGUCCAUGCAUAUUUCAUUCAAUUGUCCAUAUAAUCCUGACAUGGCGCUCAGGGGGGGGGGGGGGGCAUAAUGUUUGACAAACAUCUCUUGGUUUGUCUUGGAACGAGCCAAUUUUUGCGAAAAAAUCCAUGGAAACCAGUUAAAUAAGACUGCUGACAAAAAAUAAGAUCGCAGAUUUUUAUAUUUAAGUUUAAAAAUUGAUGUUUUAUGCAUUUUUUUUAAACGGUUUAGGCCAUGAAAUAUUAAUUUUCGAACGGAAAUAUGAAAAUCUACGAUCUGAUUUUUUGUCAGCAACCUUUUAUCAUUAAUUUACAAAUAUUUACGCAAAAUUUUGCUCUUUCCAAGACAAAAAAUAAAAAAAAGUUGUAAAAAUGGUAUAUCUGUGAGAGUGCAGCUUUAAUGCAUUGGAAAAUGAUACGCUUGAUGUUGUCGCAACGAGAGGUGAUGGCUUUAUCUAUUUGAUCUAUUUUAUGAUCUUUGUUUAGCUUUCUUUAACAUUUGAUAUGGUCAUCUUUAUAUGCUAUCUUUAUAUAUAUUUCGAUGUUUGUGUUAUGCCAAAUACAGGCUGAUUUUGCUUACAAACUUAAACUGAAACUUAAAACCUGUACCUGUACUCUCGCAGAUUGUCCGUUUUGACAGCUUUCUUUAUUUUUUCGUCUUGGAAUGAACCAAUUUUGUGUAAACGUGUGGAAACUAGAGAUACAAGAUUGCUGACAAAAGGUCAGAUAAUAAUUGUUCAUAUUUACGUUCGAAAUUGAUGUUUUAUGUCUAAAAGCGUUACUAACGCUUUACGAUUUAAUGGAAUUUUCGGCAGUUUCCCAACCGAUUGAAAUCUGUUCUAAUGUAAGUUCGAAUGUGUGUUCUAAUGUGAGUUCUAAUGUGAGUUAUGUAAAAUGACUGAAUUGAAGGCAUAUAUACCAAAAUCAGCCAAUUAUGAGACAAAAACAAAACAAAAUGACAAAACUGUCAAUCUGUGAGAGUGCAGCUUUAAAAUAGAGGACAAACAAGAUAUUGAUGAUAUGGGUGAUUUUAUUAUGCCCAUGAAACAUUGCCAUCACAGUUGCCAUGCGAGUGAAAUCACAAUCCUGGAAUCGUAAAUAAUAAUCCGGAAAUGACGUAGGUUGUGACGUGUAUCCGGCCAUCAAUGAUGAAGGUCACCGCUUACUUGCCACCAGUUCUGAAAAUAAAACGAUUGAUAUUUUAAGAUAAAUGUAAGUAAAUAAACUUUUGGAAACGUACGUGUGUUUAAUUGUUGAUGCGUUUCUGUCAAGGCUUUGUUAAAGAUGCACUCUUACUCCCAAAUAAGAUAUUCCACAAUUAAUAUGUUUAAUAUACCAAAAUGAAUGAAUAA